AUGUCGACCACCGCCAGUGAAGGGGUUCAUUUUCUGCCCCUCGGCCCCGGCAGUGACAUCGCCUCGGCCAUCCCCUCCGAUAAACCCGUCACAAUGGUCAUUUUCCUGCGCUUCCGCGACAUCUCCUCGCACGCCGCCAGCCUCGGCCCUCCCAUGUCAGGCCAGGAAGCUUUCAUCACACGCUACAGCCCAAUCAUCUCCGGGCUGGCAGAGAAAUUUGGCAUCAAGAUGUCUCCGGUAUACCUUGGCGCAUCUCACGCGUCUCUUAUGGCUGGGAGGGAGAACGGAGAGGGCGAGAAGUGGGAUGUUGUGGUACUGUCCAGGUACGACUCGUUUGCGGACUAUGUCAGGCUGAUGACAUCUGAGGAAUAUGAGCGGGACGCGAUGCCUUGGCGAUUGGGAAGUGUGGAGGCGCACAAGUGGAGGCGCGACACGUCUCUUGGUGCAACGCGCAUUCGCAUUCGGCUGGUGCAGCAAGAAACUUGCCCCAAGAUCGUCGCAAUGCGUACCAGGCGUACCAAGCGUGACGACAUGGAUACAGAUCGCGGGAGCGGUGCCUAG